GUCCAUUUUCUCUGGUUUCUCUAUUUAUGCCCAUUCUGCCGCGCCUGCAUCACCGACAUCUUGAAUGCUUCCCCGUUGCACAAGAUGAAUCGUUUGUCCCCUUCCAAGCCCAAUUUCUCCCCCAUGACUACCUCUCUGAAGGUCGUCAUCGCCGGCGGCGGCAUCGCUGGCCUGACGCUCGCAAAUGCUCUCGAGCAAGCAUCGAUCGACUAUGUUCUCCUGGAGAGAAGGCAAGAGAUAGCUCCGCAGGUUGGUGCUUCCAUCGGCAUCAUGUCAAAUGGCUGUAGAGUCAGUACAGCCUACCUCAAGCUACGUGAUGUAGACUCAAAGCUCAUGCUCCACCGAUCAUGGACCAGCUAGGCUGUAGAGAUGCUCUGUAUGCCUGUGUGGAACCUAUUCAAUGGAUCUACGAUCGCGACAGCGCUGGCAAACUGUUGACUAAACCCAACGGUGUCUCGCAGCUCAUGCAGUCCAGGUCUGGAUAUGGUUUCGCAUUCAGCGAUAGACAAGAUAUCUUACAGGUUCUGUAUGACAACCUGAAGGACAAGAGCAAGGUACUUGUGGGAAAAAAGCUUUCGCUGGUCCGCCAACAACCCAAUGGAGUCACAGUCGUCUGUGAAGAUGGCAGCUCUUAUACUGGUGAUAUCCUGGCUGGAGCAGAUGGUGUCAACUCGAAAGCCAGGAGUGAAAUGUGGCGUCUUGCGGAUGAACAAGAUCCGGAGCUCGUCAAGGCCGACAAAGACUCUCUCGAGUGUUCUUAUCGAUGUCUUUACGGAAUCGCUUCUUCCUCGUCUGGCUUGACCAUUGGUGACUUGCAUGUCGGCUACAACAAGGACUGCAGCCUGAUGACCAUCGUCGGCAAGGAUGAUCGUACCUACUAUUUUGUUUUCGAAAAGAUGGACAAGACUUACAAGCUACCCCACAUCCCGACAUACACUGAAGCUGACAAGGCUGAAUUUGCAGAGCGUCAUGGCAACAUGAAAGCUACGGAGAAUGUGCAGUUCAGAGAUAUACACAAGCAUGGCGUCUCAAGCACUCUUGUUGGAGUCGAGACCGCUUCUUACAAGAUUUGGACAUGGGGACGUAUCGCUUGUGUCGGCGACGCCUCACACAAGAUGACGCCAAAUGCUGGCUUUGGAGGCAACGCAGCAAUGGAAAGUGCUGCUGCUCUCGCCAACUCAAUCAAGAAGCUGGCCGAUCAGAUCAAAGAAGGGCGACCCACCGAGGAUCAAAUCGUUGCCUGCCUCCAAGGUUACCAGGAAAAUCGCGAAGUGAGAGCCAAAGCUGCCAUCGAUGCCUCCAACCUACUCACCCGCGUCCAAGCCCUGGCGACGUGGGGUCAUAUCUUGUUCGCAAAAUAUGGACUGACCAUUCUUGGAGACUUUCUCGAGAACCUAGGUAGCAACAUGGCGGUGGGAGCGACUUUGCUCGAUUACCUGCCCCCUCCAGAAGCAUCUCUCAAAGGCGCUCUGCCAUUCAACCCUGAGCAAGGCGAUGGUCAUAAGGAGAGUUUCUUCCGUCGAGCUUUGGUCGCUCUCCCUUUCCUCGGCCUGUUCGCGUAUGCGAUAAGGAUCGCGAAUCCCACAUUCGUUGAUACUGAAAGUGGUGGUAUGUUCGAUGCGACUCGCAAUGGCACCGGACUGCCGCUUGCGUCUCUCGGAGGACAGAGCAACCGAUUUGCCAUGCUGUCGGGUGUUUCUAUCGCUGCUUCAGAGGAUACUGAUCUUGCUACCAGCUUCCGCGUAGCUACUAUCUUGGCUUACUUCGGUGUCAUCCUCGCAAUCUGGUCCAUCGAAGCCGUUCGUCGCUGCAAUGCUCUGAUGCCCGUUCAGCUCCCUAGCUUGUUCGCUUUCUUCGCCCAGUCGAAAGGUGUGGGAAUAGUAGCUCCUCUGUACUACUUCCUCCAUUGGGUGAUGACCCCAAUCGACUCCUUCAAAGCCACCGACAUGAGACUGACCAGAUUGAACUACACCCGUGCCAUUCUACCUUCUUUGUUGCUGGUCUACUACUUGCCUCUGCUGCAGUCCUACUUCCUCCCCGACAAUCUUGAAAGUCAAACAUGGCUGCAAAUCUGGCGGUACUUCCCAAUCUGGCAUUCGCUUGCUCAAUGGGCUAUCAGCAAAUUCUGGAACGACACCAUUGACGAAGAUAAAAUCUCUGCUCCGAAAAGAGAUGUCUUUACCAUUCGAUACACGAUUGCUGUGCCUGCUCUUAUGUCGACGGUUGUUUGGCUUUGCACGGUGCUUUACACACCUGUAUCGCUAUACCAUCUUUUCAUCCCGCAGCAGCUCGCUCAAACCGUUACGGACGUACAGUCGUUCUCUGCCGACGUGGUUCAAUGGGAUUUACUCCUCUUCAUCGCAUCCACAUAUCUAUGGCUCUUUUACUUCGCCUGGGAUGCCAAAUCCGCCGGUAUGCUGGAGAAAAGCUGGUUUGAACUUGUUCUUACCAUGAUAUUUUUCACCGUUAUGCUUGGACCCGGUGGUACGGUGGGUCUGGCGUAUUUGUACAGAGAGCAUGUUAUCACCGAGAAGAGACAUAGAGCUGCGUUGACUGUGGAGAGUGUUGGGAGAAGAGCUGCUGUGUUAAAUGGUAGGAAGUAGGGGGUGAUGGUAUUAAGAAUGUGACGGAGGGUUUAAGCAGGUCGUUGUUCGAUGAAGGGGGCGUUUUGCGCAUCUUGUCUUUCUCUUGUUUUGCGUAUGUAGACAAUCGAUCUCAUUCUAGCGAG